AUGGAUUAUUCAAAAAAAUUAUGUGUAAUCACUGGUGCAUCAUCUGGAUUUGGUGAAGCAUUGGCCAAAAUUUUAUCUAAAAGUGGAUAUAGUUUAUUACUUUUAGCUAGAAGAAUUGAAAAAAUGCAAGAAUUUAAUCUACCAAAUUGUAUUUGCCAAAAAGUUGAUGUUACAAAUUAUGAUGAAUUUGAAAAAGCUGUCAGAGAAGCAGAAUCAUUUUUUGGUUGUAAAACUGAUUUAAUGGUCAAUAAUGCUGGCGUUAUGUUAUUAGGACAUAUUUGGGAGCAAGAUAUGAAAGAUUGGGAUAAAACAUUGGAUGUAAAUGUUAAAGGUGUAUUACAUGGAUGUAGAAUAGUUUUAAAGGAUAUGAUGGAUAGAAAUGGUGGAACAAUUAUUAAUGUUUCAUCAAUUGCAGGUUUGGAUCCUUAUGAAUUACAUUCAGUCUAUGGUGCAUCUAAAUAUGGUGUUCAUUGUAUCUCAAAUACAAUUAGAAAAGAAGUUGCUCAAAAAAAUGUAAGAGUAAUGAUAAUUUCACCUGGUAUUGCUGAAACUGAAUUACUAUCACAUAAUAAAUCCAAUGAAAAAGUUUUCAACACAUAUAAUAGUUGGAAAGAUACAUUAAAAGGUCAAUCAAUGAAUCCAUACAAUGUUGCAAAUUCAAUUAAAUUUAUGUAUGAAAUGCCUCAAGAAAUUACAAUUCGUGACUUGAUUAUUUGUCCAACUAAACAAGAAUAA